CACACGGCCUGGUUUGCACCCCUGGUUUAGGGUCUUCGGUCCCGGCUCUGGCGUCCCUGGCUGCCAAGCCUGAGGCCCGCAGUCCCACUCCCGCCGAUACCCGCCGCUCCGGUCCUGCCCCGAACUGCCCACAGCCGGCAGCGCUUCCAGUGAGUGCGGGGGGCGCGGGGACGCGGGUCCCGGCCGAAGCUUCGAUUUCGCGGCCCGCGCCAGCACCCGGGUCUGUGCCGCGGCCUCGGGUACUGCUCACCCUCCACCUGAGGGGUGAGACGGGAAAGCAGCCCGGCCUGGGGGUCCCAGCUCUCCCAGGACCCUGGAACUGGGGGGCUGUCGUGACCACCCACUCGGGGGUGCCGGACGGGGCCGCGUAGGGGCUUCAGGGUUUGCCAGACCUGGACACCCGGGAUCAAGUUGAGGCAGAGUCUGCAGAAAGGGCCUACUUUUCAUCAGAUUUCCAAAGGAACCCCUUCCAUAUAGGACCCACUCUAAUCAUGGAAAAUAACGAUUCUCGAGCUCUGACCGCAAACAUCCCUUUUAGAUUGUUUUUGUUUGAGUCUCUCUCUGUCGCCCAGGCUGGAGUGCAGUGGCGCGAUCUCAGUUCACUGCAACGUCCAUCUCCCGGGUUCAAGCGAUUCUCCUGUUUCAGCCUCCCGAGUUGCUGGGAUUACAGAUGUGCUACCACCAUGUCGGGCUAAUUUUUGUAUUUUUUGUAGAGACAGGGUUCCACCACGUUGACCAGGUGGUCAACUCCUGACCUCACGUGAUCUGCCCUCCUCUGCCUCUGAAAGUGCGGGGAUUACAGGUGUCAGCUACUGCCCCCAGCCAUCCCUUUUAGUUCUGUCAGCAACCUGUGUGUGUAGGUCCUGUUAUCAUCUCUGUUUGCCCAGUGAGGAAGCAAAGCCCAGAGCCCUUCAGUAAAUUACCCGGGAAUUAACAGGGGGUUAAUAACAAAGAUGACAUUCAUCCACUUCCUUUUCCUUUUCCAUGGUGAGGGCCCUGAAAAAAACUCUCUUCCUGUGUCUGGCCAGAGGUAUAGAGAGAGACAGGUUCAACUCUAAGGCCUGAAAAGGAACAAGGCCCACCGGAAGCAAUGGCCACUGUCCCUGGCCUCCAGCCCCUGCCAACCUUGGAGCAGGACCUGGAACAGGACGAGAUCCUGAUUGUGAAGGUGGAGGAGGACUUCUGCUUGGAAGAGGAGCCCUCCGUGGAGACGGAGGACCCCAGCCCUGAGACUUUCCGCCAGCUCUUCCGGCUCUUCUGCUACCAGGAGGUGGCUGGGCCUCGGGAGGCCCUGAGCCGCCUCUGGGAGCUGUGCUGCCGCUGGCUGCGGCCGGAGCUGCGCACUAAGGAGCAGAUCCUGGAGCUGCUGGUGCUGGAGCAGUUCCUGACUGUGCUGCCGGGGGAGAUCCAGGCUCGGGUACGCGAGCAGCAGCCGGAGAGCGGUGAGGAGGCCGUGGUCCUCGUGGAAGGGCUGCAGCGGAAGCCCAGGAAACACAGGCAGCGGGGCUCAGAGCUGCUUUCUGAUGACGAGGUGCCCCUCGGGAUAGGGGGACAGUCCUUAAAACACCAGGCAGAGGCUCAGCCAGAGGAUCUGUCCCUGGAGGAAGAGGCUCGAUUCUCCAGCCAGCAGCCCCCAGCCCAGCUGAGCCACAGGCCACAGAGGGGCCCGCUGUUGUGGCCAGAGAGGGGCCCUCCAGCUCCCCGGCAUCAGGAGAUGGCGUCAGCCUCGCCUUUCCUUUCGGCCUGGUCCCAGGUGCCCGUGAACUUGGAGGACGUGGCUGUAUACCUUUCUGGGGAGGAGCCAAGAUGCCUGGACCCAGCUCAGCGGGACGCGCCGCUGGAGAAUGAAGGACCUGGGAUCCAGUUGGAGGACGGCGGUGAAGGCAGGGAGGAUGCCCCGGUGAGAAUGGAGUGGUACCCAGUGCUCUCGGCACGAUGCCAGGGGCCUGGCCACCUGCUCCCAGGUCAGAGGCCAGCCCCAGUCAGGGGCUUGGUCAGGCCUGAUCAGCCAAGAGGCGGCCCCCCACCAGGAAGACGGGCUUCCCAUGGGGCUGACAAGCCGUACACCUGCCCGGAAUGUGGCAAAGGCUUCAGCAAGACGUCCCACUUGACCAAGCACCAGCGCACACACACGGGCGAGCGGCCUUACAAGUGCCUAGUCUGUGGGAAGGGCUUUAGCGACCGCUCCAACUUCAGCACACACCAGAGGGUGCACACGGGCGAGAAGCCCUACCCGUGCCCCGAGUGUGGGAAGCGCUUCAGCCAGAGUUCCAGCCUGGUCAUCCACCGCAGGACGCACAGCGGGGAGCGGCCCUAUGCCUGCACCCAGUGCGGGAAGCGCUUCAACAACAGCUCGCACUUCAGCGCCCACCGCCGGACGCACACAGGUGAGAAGCCCUACACCUGCCCGGCCUGUGGCCGGGGCUUCCGCCGGGGCACCGACCUGCACAAGCACCAGCGGACCCACAUGGGGGCAGGCUCCUUGCCGACGCUCCAGCCGGUGGCUCCUGGAGGCCCCAGUGCCAAAGCCUGAUCACCAUGCCUGAAACUCCCUUUCCAGGACUCUCAUCCCUGGGCACAGAAUUCAGGAAACUGCUAGACAGCCUGGUCCGAAAGCAUUGCCAGCUGCCUGUUUCCUCCCAUGGCCCAGUAUGAGGCCAGCAGGGGACAUUUGGGAUGCCCAGGCCGCAGAGGAAGCUGGGCACUGGGUGCAGAACAAGGGCAAGGACAGGCUCUGAGUGUCCAGUGGCAGCCAGAACAGGUGACACAGAGCAGGGGCUUCAGCCACAGAGACACACUCAGGAGGCCAGAAGCCGACACUCAAGGUGUUCGUGGGGCUGGCUCCUGAAGGGCCUGGGAGGGUCCAUCAGCUGCCUCCAGCAUCCAGUGGCUGCUGGCAUACAGCCUCAUCCCCACAUCCCAACCCCUCUCCUGUGUGUCUGUGACCCUGUGCGCUGUCUCUGUGUGUACCCCCCACCUGCUCCCCCCACCUUUUUUUUUUUUUUUUUUUGAGACGGGGCCUUGCUGUGUCCCCCAGGCGGGAAUACAUUGCCAUGAUCAUAGCUCA